UAUUGUACGGCAAUAAGAUGGGAUAAAUUAAAUGCUUUGAUUGGUUAAUUCGGACUGACGCGACGCGUGAACGCGCUCAGUGGAAAUAUUUCGUUGAGAGAAUGAAAUAUGUGCAAAGAUUAAGACCACAUUUACUAGGAUCAAAGCAGACAUAUACUGUGAUCAAAAAAUGUAUAUAAUACAUGAAGGCUCUCUGAUUCCAAACGUCUUUGUUACUAGGCACGAAUAACAAAUGAUACACGAAGGCGCUCGAGUCAGGUGAGAUUGCUGAUUAUCUCUGUUGCUAGUCGCGAUCCGCAGUUGUCACAUUGCGUUAUAUCUUCAGUGAGUCGCAACGUACUCUUGCGAAAAAGUCAGUGUUACUCUCUUAUAUAAAUAUAUAUACGUGUUAGUGUAUACGGUGUGCAGAACAAUUAUUGCAAUUUGUAUUAAACAAUUAUUGCAUUUACCAAACUCAAAGAUAUCUAUGCUAGAUACUUUGCCAAACACCAUGCCAGAUGAGAACAUGAAUGAGAUAUUACAUAGUCUACAAUUACAAGAAUUGAUUCCCGUCUUUGAAAAUUCCUGGUGAUGUUACUAAACUUAGAGAAGAUUACGUCAAGAAGUGUAAGGAAUUGAAACUAUUCAACCGUACAUUAUCGUUGUUGGACACACAUUGCACGAAAUCAGCACUUCUUAUUUAUGCAUUAACGACGUGUUGUACAGUACACCUUCAACUGUGGAAGCUGUCGACGCUUGCUUCAAGACGUUCCACGUGCUUCAGUUACAGUAUCCCACGGCAAGUGAACACUUAUGGUUAGUUAUACAAAAAUGUAUUUAUAAGUUAACAAUCAAGUGAGAUACAAUAAUACCUAGUACUGAACACAUUAUAAAGAUGUUAAAUAACGACAAUGAGUUAUAAGAAACAAUUAAUGUAGACAGUAGAUUCCGUCAUGCAUAUUACACCUUUCGAGUACUACACUAGUUAUUCCACUUGAAUGCAAUUUUAUUUCUAAUUAUUAUUGUUCCAAUUAUUUUGAGUUUGCAAGUAGUAAAAUUUUAAAAUUUUGUUGCAUUUUCCACUUAUUUCAUUAUAUGUAAGAUGUUGCGUUGUUUCUUUUGUUCCCAUUCAUUAUUAUCCAUAGAUUAUUUAAUGUGCCAUAUAAAAUUAAGACAUAAGCCACUUAUGUGCAAUGCAGUAAAAUGCAAUUUUGAAAAUUGUUCACAAAUUUAUAACAACAUAUACUUCUUAAAAAGGCAUAUUCUGUCUAAUCAUAUCAAUAAUUCGAAGCAUGUGCAAUACGUUAGUACGGUUAAAAGUACACGAAAAAAAAAAAAAUCUAUUUUACAAUUCACUAUACACUCGAUUAAUGAUUAUUUGGUGCAAGAGAGUAGUAGUAUUAUUGACAUUAUAUCAAGUACUUGUAACGAAAGCAAUGACAUGAAUAUAUUACAAGUACAAGAAAAAAUUAGUAAAGCUGCUACUCUUAUUGUAGCAAAAUUAUAUGCUUAUGGAACGUUAAGCCGUAAAGUUGUUAACGAUAUCAUUAAAACUAUUUCAUUAUUUUAUAAUAGCAUUUGCUUAUCAAUACUGAGAAUUAAAUAUAACAAUAUUGAUGGUUUGGAAGACAUAUUGCAGGUGAUAGAAAACGCGUUUAAUAAUUUUAAAACUGAACAUUCUACUUUUCAAUAUUUACAGAAUAUUGGUAGUUUAAUAAUGCCCUCAACUAUAACAAUAGAUACAUCAAUAAUAUUUAGUCAACUUAACAAAAAGAAAAAGUCAUUAACAUAUACGAAGAUUAGUAUUGUACUUUUAAAAAUUGUAUUUGAAAAAUUUCUGGAAAUUCCAAACGUUUUCUCCACAAUAACUGCAUACAUUGAAAAAUGUAAAAAUGAAAACAAUAUAAUUACUUCAAUAAUUCAAAGUGCGUUUUGGAAGUCUACUGUAAAAGAUUUGGACUGUACAACUGUAUUACCAUUAAUUUUAUUUUCAGAUGAUAUUGAAAUUAAUAAUCCUUUAGGUUCGCAUAAGGGUAUACAUAAGCUUGGUGCAAUGUACUGUACAAUUCCAUGUAUUCCUGAAGAAUAUUCCAGUAGACUAGAAAAUAUUUUUCUAUUUCAACUCCAUCAUUCCGUUGAUCAAAAGCGUUUGGGAAAUAAGACGAUAUUUAAAAAAGUUAUUGAAAUUAUAACAGAUUUGGAAGUAAAUGGUAUACAGAUUCAAAUUAACGGGGAAGUGAAAACAAUACUUUUCAAAUUGUGCUUUAUUGCGGGAGAUAAUUUAGGAUUGAAUACUAUAUUAGGAUUUUCCAGAAGUUUUAAUUCAUCAUAUUGUUGCAGAAUUUGUUUCAUUUCUAAACAAGAUAUUCAGAAACAAUUACGAGAAAACACGGAUCUAAUACGAACGAUUACCACUUACAUAAAUCACUGUAAGGAAAAGAUUUUUGGAACAGACAAAGAGUGUAUCUUUAAUAAUAUUCCCAGUUUUCAUGUCGCAGAAAAUUUUUCUGUUGAUCCCAUGCACGAUCUCUUAGAAGAUGUGUGUCGUUACGAUAUUGGGAAAAUAUUAAAAAAUUUUAUUAUAACAAAUAAACUAUUAACAUUACAAGUUUUUAAUGAAAGGCUUCGAUAUUUUAAGAAUACCUCAUUUGGUGAAAAUAUUCCUGUAAUACAGCAAAAUUUAAUAAAAAAAGAAUAUUUGAUUAUAUUAGCUUCCGAAAUGAAAUAUCUCGUUCUAAAUCUUUGUUUAAUUAUUGGAGAUCUUAUCCCAGUUGAUAAUGCUAUCUGGAAAUUGUACUUAAUUUUAAGACAAAUUGUUAGUAUUGUUUUCUUACACACUAUAAAUAGACAAACUAUUGAUUUGUUGGAAGUACUUAUUUCUGAAUAUUUUUCUUUACAUAUAAAAUUAUUUACAAAUGCAAUAAAAUAUAAACAUCAUAAUUUAUUGCAUUACCCAAGAAUUAUGCGCACGUAUGGACCUUUAAAGAGCAUGACAUGUACACGAUUUGAAGCUAAGCAUAUGCAAAUAAAAGAAAAUAGUAAGAUAUGUAAAACACGAGUAAAUUCUUCGUUUACACUAGCUGUAAAACAUCAACUCCAACUAUGCUACAGAUUUCUUUGCAAUCAAGGUCUUACAGAUGAUAUUUCUAUUGGAACUAUCGUUUCGAAAUUGCAUUUAAUAAGUAACUAUGGCCGUUUACAAAAUCUUUUACCCCACGACAGUUUUAAUGAUUAUGAUUGUAUAACAUGGAUAAUAAUAAAUGGGAAUAAAUAUGAUUUAAAUUCUGUAAUAUGUAUACGAAGUAACGACAAUGAAUCUACGUUUGCAAAAAUUAAAUAUAUUAUUAUAAGUCCGUCAAAACAUGUUUUCUUUUUAUAUACUAUAAUGAUUACAGUCUGUUACAAUCGACAUUUUUGUGCGUUUGAAGUAAAUGAGACACAGAAAUGGGGUUUUGUUUCUCGAAAAGAUCUCUUAGAUUGUACUGAUUAUUAUAUUAAAGUUAUGUCGAAUGGGAAACAUUAUAUGCCUGUAUACUUUUAAGAUAUAUGACUGUAUUAAUGUAUUGUUUUAUAGAGUAAGUAAAAUAAUGUGAGGGUUUAUUCUGUGAUAAGAAAUUUUCUAAUAUUUAAUUUAUAUUCUAGUAUUGAUCUCUUAAUUCAUAUAUUAAUAAUAUAUGUAAUAAUGUUUAUAAACGUUUUUUAAUGGUAUCUGAUUAUGUAUUUUUAUUUGACAGAUAUUUUCAAACAGAGUUUUAUUUUCAGCAUAAAGAACAUAAUUUUUUCA